GGCCGAAGAUGUCAGCUCGGUCAUGUGAUCAGCGGUGUCCAAUCACAGCUCAUCGCGAGCUGUCACACUGUAUUCCUCAGAGGGGACAUGUACACUGAUCAUCAGGGCACUGAUGAUCAGUGUAGCCCCAGCAGUGCCACCUGUCAGUGUCCAUCAAUGCCAGCUGUCAGUGCCAUCAGUGCCACCUGCCAGUGCCACAUAUCAGUGUGUACCAGUGCACAUCAAUGCCACAUAUCAGUGCCCAUCUGAGCUGCCUUUCAGUGUCACCUAUCAAUGCCAGUCAGUGCCACCCAUCAGUGCUGCCUAUCAAUGCCCCGCCUAUCAGUGCCAGUCAGUGCCGCCUAUCAGUUCCAGUCAGUGCACAUCAGUGCUGCCUAACAGU